CGUCGCCAUUCCACCGCAGGCGUCUGGCUCGCCGGGCCUCGCUCUCGCGCCGCUUCGCACUCGCCGCGCUCCCCUGCCCGUGCGCCGCGGCCCGGGCAGCCGGCGGGGACUGGAGCGCGGGGCGGGCUCUGCGCGCCAAUGAAUGGGCGCCCGGGGGACGCGCGCGCUCGGGGCUGAAGGGCAUUAGGACCGUGAGGAUCGCUCCGCGCUCCUGUCUCUCCCUAUCACCCCCCACCCCCCACCUCUCUCCCUUUUCUGCUCUGCAGGACUGAGCAGCCAGGCGCGAGCGAAAACAAACAGCUGGGGCUGCGAGCGCCCUCACCCCGGCCCCGAGAGCAAGCCGGCCGGGCCCCCCACUCGGGGCGCCCGCCCGCCCACCAUGAGGAAGAUCCGCGCCAAUGCCAUCGCCAUCCUGACCGUAGCCUGGAUCCUGGGCACUUUCUACUACUUAUGGCAGGACAACCGAGCCCACGCAGCAUCCUCCGGCGGCCGGGGCGCUCAGAGGGCCGGCGGGAGGCCAGAGCAGCUCCGCGAGGACCGCACCAUCCCGCUCAUUGUGACAGGAACACCCUCCAGAGGCUUUGAUGAGAAGGCGUACCUGGCAGCCAAACAGCUGAAGGCUGGAGAGGACCCUUACAGGCAGCAUGCCUUCAACCAGCUAGAGAGUGACAAACUGAGCCCCGACCGGCCCAUCCGGGACACCCGCCAUUACAGUUGCCCCUCUGUGGCCUACUCCGCCGACCUGCCAGCCACCAGCGUCAUCAUCACCUUCCACAAUGAGGCCCGCUCCACCCUCCUGCGCACGGUGAAGAGUGUCCUGAACCGAACUCCAGCCAGCCUGAUCCAGGAGAUCAUUUUAGUGGAUGACUUCAGUUCAGAUCCCGAAGACUGUCUGCUCCUGACCAGGAUCCCCAAGGUCAAGUGCCUACGCAACGAUCGGCGGGAAGGGCUGAUCCGGUCCCGAGUCCGUGGGGCAGAUGUGGCCACAGCUGCUGUCCUCACCUUUCUGGACAGCCACUGUGAAGUGAAUACUGAGUGGCUACAGCCUAUGCUGCAACGGGUAAAGGAGGACCACACCCGCGUGGUGAGCCCCAUCAUUGAUGUCAUCAGUCUGGACAAUUUUGCCUACCUCGCUGCAUCUGCGGAUCUUCGCGGAGGAUUUGACUGGAGCCUGCAUUUCAAGUGGGAGCAGAUCCCUCUUGAGCAGAAGAUUGCCAGGACCGACCCCACCAAGCCCAUAAGGACGCCCGUCAUAGCUGGGGGAAUCUUCGUGAUCGACAAGUCCUGGUUUAACCAUUUGGGAAAGUAUGAUGCCCAGAUGGACAUCUGGGGGGGAGAGAAUUUUGAGCUCUCCUUCAGGGUGUGGAUGUGCGGUGGGAGCUUGGAGAUCGUGCCCUGCAGCCGGGUGGGCCACGUCUUCAGGAAACGGCACCCCUACAACUUUCCUGAGGGCAAUGCCCUCACCUACAUCAGGAAUACCAAGCGCACUGCAGAGGUGUGGAUGGAUGAAUACAAGCAGUAUUACUAUGAGGCCCGGCCCUCGGCCAUCGGAAAGGCCUUUGGCAGUGUAGCCACACGGAUCGAGCAGAGGAAGAAGAUGAACUGUAAGUCCUUCCGCUGGUACCUGGAUAACGUCUACCCAGAGCUCACAGUCCCAGUGAAGGAAGUGCUCCCUGGCAUCAUUAAGCAGGGGGUUAAUUGCUUAGAAUCCCAGGGCCAAGACUCAGCCGGGAACUUCCUGCUUGGAAUGGGGAUCUGCAGAGGGUCCGCCAAGAACCCCCCAGCACCGCAGGCGUGGCUGUUCAGUGACCAUCUCAUCCAGCAGCAGGGGAGGUGCCUGACUGCCACCUCCACCUCCAUCACCCCGGGGUCCCUGGUCGUUCUGCAGGUGUGCAACCCAAGAGAAGGCAGGCAGAGAUGGAGGAGAAAAGCCUCUUUCAUCCAGCACUCGGUCAGCGGCCUCUGCCUGGAGGCCAAGCCCGCCCAGCUUGUGACCAGCAAGUGCCAGGCCGACGCCCCGGCCCAGCAGUGGCAGCUGUUGCCCCACACAUGACGGUAGCCUGGGGCCUCCUGUACCUUUUGCAUGAGACUUUGGGACUGGAAGCGGGUUAGGGUGGGGGAGUGUAAAGCAGGCCGUUCCCAUCUCCUCGCAUUUCUGCCGGAAUCAUCAGCAAACACCCCCUGCCACGACACACGUUUCUCCAAAGCUUGUUCCGGGGGGGCCACGGGGGAGCAGGCCCCGACGCCCUGGCUGCCGUCCCGGCCUCGCCCCGGAAGAGGAGACGGUCAGGAUGCAGGACUGCUGCUGGGCUGAGACUGGGCAGGCCCCCUGGCCCUCUGUUCCCUCCCUUUGCCCUCCUGGGGUUCCGGACCGUGUUUUGGGGGCCCUCGCCUGUUGGCUGGGGAGAACAAGGACAGAAGCCCACGCAGGGCCCCUGCUGGGUCACAGGGCCCGCCUGUGGGGUCAGCGUGAGAGGCGAAUGUGGGCGGCGUGGAUGGGGAGGGCGGGGAGGGGGCAGCCUGAAGGCAGGGAGAGAACAGGGAGGAGGUGAGAAGCUCAGUGGCCUGUCCCAGGCAGGUGCUGGGUUGAGUGUGGGAGGGAUGGGAUCUGGAGCAGAGGAUGAUGGGUCAUUUGCAGAAGGACAUGGAUGGAAAAGCAGCGAAGCACCAAAAGAGUGACUCUCCUCCCGACAGCCCAUCCUUCCUCCCAUGCUGUACCAGUCCCCGGGCGCCGUGCCCUGCACUCUGGUCUUCACGCUCUGCACAAGAGGCUGCAGGGGGCUGUUCAGGGGCAGCCUUGGGACACAGUUUAUUAAACAGAUCCCACUUCUGGUUGGCCGUGCGCCAGGCCAAGACCUCUUUCUUGGACCUUAAGACCAGCUGAUGCCCUGUCCCCUCUGCCUGGGUCCAUGGUGAUGACCCUGUAGGGACAGGCGGCCGCCCCGCACUGCUGAGCAGCCCCAUCCCUAUUCAGACCUUUUGACUCCUGCCUUCUCAAAAGCCUUUGCCUCUGUAAAUACUGUAUCAUGGCACUGAGGUGGCUGGGAUGAGCAGGACCUCCCUUCUGGAGCUAAACAUUCCCUAAGACAUUAGGGAGUAAGUCGUGCAGCCUAAGCCUCAUCCCCGCCCCUCCCCACUGCAAGAGGGAGGCCUGAGAGGGUCAGUCCCUGCAGUGGGCGGGGAGGCCGGCUGGCAGCUCCUGUUUGUGUAGAGAGCCCCCUUCUCACAGCCACUGGGCCCACGGCCUAGUCUCAGAAGGGCUUCUGCUAUUCCCCAUCUCCUCCUGCCCAACCCCACUGGCUCAGGCAGUGUGAUCUUCAGCAAAAGACCAGUGGUACAAGGACCCCUGGGAAUCCCCCCUCCCAAAGCAAAUCAGCCUGGGCCCCCUAGAGAAUUCAUGGAUUCCAGAGGGCCUAGGAAUCCUCUGAAAUUGUCCCCCAAAUAGUGCAUGUGUGUGCAUAUAUGCAUUUUCCUGGGGAGAGGGUCUGUGGAUUUCCCCAGCUUCUUACAGAGGUACCCGAUCCCCAAAGGAUCUGAACUUCUGCUCUGGAUUGGCACGACCAUCCAGCUGAGCUGCCGUGUCCCUUCUCCCUCCCUGGUGUGCCUAAACUGCUAGUGUCCUCUUCCUUGCUGUCCUCCGGCCAGCAGCCCCACGGUGGGGGGUUCUCAGUGGCUUCCUCUCACCUCCUGGCUCUCACCGGGCCCUCUUAAGCAGUGCUUCUGUGCCCCAGCAAGGGGCCCUUGGCCCCCAGGGCCACUAUCUUCCGUCCUCUGCCACUAUGUUUCAUCCACCCCCAUCUCUGUCGUGCGAGUCCGCCCCACAGGCAGCGCGAACCUUUGGGGAGGGGGGCACGGCUUCCCUCGUUGAAUGUAAGAGGACUGCCGCUCAGGGAAGCCCCUGAGAAGCCGUUCCUUCCCUGUGGUCAGGCUGCACUUGUCAGUCGUCCUUUGUGGGACUCAGCCCUGUUCUGGUUUUGCUUUUCCUCCUCUUGACCAAAGCAUGUGCCACUAGCUGUCCCCGAGGGCCUUGUCUUUAUGAACCACACAUCUGGAAUAAAACCACUUCUCACACGUA